AUGAAUCCGUUGACUCUAGCCUCCACAAGCUCACCUCCUCCUGUUGCUAAUGAUGUCUUGGCGAAGCGAAAGAGAGGUCGUCCUCGCAAAGAUGAAUCCUUAGCUCAACAAGAAAAGGCUCAAGUGACUCCAAAACCGGACAUCAAUCUGGUUGGUCAGAUGGUUUCUGGUGUCGUUGAAGGAUCUUUCGACGCAGGAUACAUCCUCAACGUUAAGGUUAAGGACAGUGACGCGAAACUGCGAGGCCUCGUGUUCAUACCGGGGAAAGUCGUUCCGGUAACUCCAGAAAACGACGUGGCUCCUCGUGUUAAGAUGUUCACAAGAGAAGAAAUCAAGAACCAAACUGAUCAUGGUCAGCCUUCUCGGAUCCCUCCGAAUGAUCAACUAACGAAAGAUGCUGUCGUCAUCAAUGACGUGGAGAUUUCUGAACCUGCUCAGGCUUUGUCUCUAAUGCCAAAAGAGAGCAACGGUGAAGCAUUCGCAGUUAAAGGGAAAGAAGCCGUGCCUGAGAUAAAUGGAGCUGCUGAAAAAGGAGAAGCUGCGACUCGUUUGGUUGAGUUUUUUCCAACUCCAGGGACGAACAUUGUGACUGCUCAACCUAAUCUUGCCUUGGCACAGAAAGAGACUAUGGAGCAGCAGAAACCACCUGGUGAGACUCGUGGGUUUGAUCUCAUGGCGGAGGAACCGGGUCGUGCAGGGGAGAAAGUGCCGAAGGAGCUUCAGCUAGAGCUUGGAAGCAAGGCGAUACAGAGUGGAGAUAACAAUGGCGAUAAAAUGGAGAUAGAUCCUAAAAGCCCUGUGUCGAAGAGUGGCUUUAUAGCGAACUUGUUUGAAGGGGAGAAGAAGGGAGACUGUGACAUGGAAGAAGGAGAAGCUACUCCAUCGGCGCAGUAG